CAGCCAAAUCACUCCCCCCCCUGCCCCUUCCUCUGUCCCCUGUUCUCUACCUCCAAAAACAGAGUCCUCACUGUCUUCCUCCUCUCCUCCUUCUUCCCCGUAAAAUGCAAGCCAAGGUCCUCUCCUCUGGAAUCCACCACACCAGCCUCCCGCCGAGUUAUGUUCGCCCGGAAUCGGAGCGUCCUCGUCUCUCCCAGGUCUCUGCAUGUGAGGAUGUUCCCGUCAUCGACCUGUCUUCCCCUGACCGACAUGAUACGGUUCACCGAGUUGGCCAGGCCUGCAAGUCCUAUGGUUUUUUCCAGGUGAUUAAUCAUGGGGUGGAUUUGGAGGCGGUGAAGAAAAUGGCGGAAGUGGCGUAUGAGUUCUUCGGGUUGCCGGUGGAGGAGAAGAUGAAGCUGUACUCGGAGGAUCCUUCGAAGACAGUGAGACUGUCGACGAGCUUCAACGUGAACAAGGAGAAGGUCCAUAAUUGGAGGGACUACCUCAGACUCCAUUGUUAUCCUCUCCACACCUAUGUCCCUGAAUGGCCUUCUAAUCCUCCCUCUUUCAAAGAUACAGUGAGAAAUUACUGCAUGGAGGUGAGAGAGUUGGGGCAGAGGAUAGAAGAAUACAUUUCAGAAAGCUUGGGGCUGGAGAAGGAUUACAUAAAGAAGGUGUUAGGUGAACAAGGUCAACACAUGGCGGUCAACUACUAUCCUCCAUGUCCAGAACCAGAGCUCACCUUUGGCCUCCCAGGUCACACCGACCCUAAUGCUCUUACCAUUCUCCUACAAGACGUCCACGUUUCAGGGCUUCAAGUUCUCAAAGACGGAAAGUGGGUCGCCAUUAAACCCCAACCUGAUGCCUUCGUUAUCAACAUUGGGGAUCAAAUCCAGGCUCUGAGUAAUGGGGUUUACAAGAGUGUGUGGCAUCGUGCUGUGGUUAACUCAGAGAGGCCAAGGCUUUCGGUGGCUUCAUUUCUGUGUCCUCAGGACGAUGCUUUGAUCAGCCCUGCAAAACCACUCACAGAAGAUGGACGGGGAGCCAUAUACAGGGGCUAUACUUAUGCAGAGUAUUAUAAGAAGUUCUGGAGCAGAGACUUGCAGAAAGACAUCAGUUGUUUGGAACUUUUCAAGAACGGCUAAAACUUUUUAAACGUGAGAUUGAAGAUUAGAUUAAGGGACCAUAGUUCCCUCUUUCUUCUUCCAAUUUUCACUCCGUGUUAGGUCAUAGCACUGCUACAUGAUUUCUUCUGCUCCAUCAGAAUAUUUCAUUAGUGCAGCGAUGAAGAUUCUUAAAGCCGGUUGCUUCCUCAUUACUGAUCUCAGUAAGGCAUUUAAGGAAAACAUUGUAAUCUCAGAAUUGAAUCCUGAGAAUGUUGUAACAUUAGUAUGAAUUAAUGAAACGAAUGUGGUGGACUAUGUUCAGGGUAUUCAUUAA